AUGAACCAGGUGCCUGGACCAUGGCAACGAACCCGCCCAUCACCAAUUGCGGCAGUCUUCGUACUACGCAGGGAGACAUGCAAGAUAGUCAGGGUCUCGUCUGAUGGGGCCCCUGGCGAACGUCUUUCCCGACGCGGCAACCGACUCGCGGGCGGGUUGAGUGUGAGAUUCGAUGCCGGCCCUGAGGUAAGGAUGAUCCCCGUAGGAAUCAUUGCUGCCCCCCGCAGGGUUCACAUGGGCACAGGGUCUCUCGCCCAGUUGUCGGAGCGAGAAAUCAUGCUGAGGGACGCGAGCCUCGGGAACUUUGGGGCGGUCCUUUAG